AUGACUCGCAUUCUCCUUACUGGUGGAAGCGGCUUCAUCGCUGCACACGUUCUUGAUACCCUUCUUGAACGUGGCCAUUCCGUGGUAACGACGGUUCGGUCUCAGGAAAAGGGCCAAAGAAUCCUCGAUGCCCACCCACAGAUUGGAAAAGACAGGCUGGACUUUGUGGUAGUUGAGGACAUUUCACAGCCAAAUGCAUUUGAGAGAGCUGUUAUUUCUGAGCCCCCCUUCGAGGCAGUAAUCCAUACUGCCAGCCCCUUCCAUUUCAAGACAACGGAUGCUAGGAAGGACCUUCUUGCUCCAGCUAUCAAUGGAACAUCCGGCAUCCUUCAAGCUAUCAAGAAAAAUGCCCCCUCCGUGAAGAGAGUAGUCGUCACCUCCUCAUUUGCUGCAAUAAUCGAUCCCACAAAACCGAGCAGCUAUGUGUAUUCGGAGGCGGAUUGGAACCCAAUCAAAGAGGAGGAGGUUGACAAGAACCCAACUUUCGGAUACCGUGGUAGUAAGACGUUCGCGGAAAAAGCAGCAUGGGAUUUCAUUGAAAAAGAAAAGCCUGGAUUCACCCUUGCAACGUGCAACCCGCCCCUUGUCCUUGGCCCUGUUAUUCAUUACUUAGCCUCUUUGGAUGCUAUCAACACGUCGAAUGAACGCAUCAGUGAUUUAAUCUCAGGAAAGGGCAAGGACAGCUGUCCACCCACCGGAACAUCCCUCUGGGUGGAUGUUCGCGAUGUUGCCAUGGCCCAUGUCCUCGCAGCUGAGAAGCCAGAGGCAGCAAACAAGCGAUUCUUCCUUGUCGCUGGCACUUAUAGUAAUGAGGAGAUCGUUGGCAUUAUCUCCGAGAAGUUCCCCGAGCUAAAGGACAAGCUGCCCUCUGGUGACGCUCUUAUUCCGGGAGUUGUGCCCAAAGAAUCACGUCUUGGUUUUGAUAGCUCGAGGUCUAAAGAAGUCCUUGGGCUGACAUACCGACCAUUGACUGAAUCUGUGGUGGAUGCGGUGAAGAGUCUUCAACGGCAUUUGUAG